AAGUCAAUCAUUAAUAUUGAUUAUCUUCUCUUCUGCAGAAUUAAGUGAUCACAACUUACAUAUAGAUCCAAUUAACUCCUUUCACAUAGUAACGAAAAAUCUUGACCAAUACCAAGUCAAAGUCAAUGUUGUCUCUUAUCCUUAUAUACAUCUUCCAACACAACUCAUUUUAUCAAUAAAAGCAUAGUCUUCCAUUGUUCUAUGUACAUACAUUCACCUCAGGAGCUAGUUCUUUUCUCCUUAAUAUUCUCAAGAAAAUGCCUAUUGGUGAAGUUAUUGUAGGGGCUGCACUUGAAAUUACUCUGCAAGUGCUUCAUGAAGCUAUCAGAAAAGCAAAAGAUAGAUCUUCAACCAAAAAAUGUAUCUUGGACCGCCUCGAUGCUACAAUCUCCAGGAUCACUCCGUUGGUGGUUCAUGUCGAUAAGAUCAGCAAAAGAGUAGAAGAUUCUGAGAGGAAAGUCAUUGAAGAACUCAAGCGUCUUCUUGAAAAGGCUGUUUCUCUUGUUGAGGCUUAUGCAGAACUCAGACGCAGAAACCUACACAAGAAGCAUAGGUUUGUAUAGUUUAUAUAAUACAUGAAAUACUUGAAAAAGUCUUUGUGAUUUCCUAAAAUGUUUUUAUUUGGUUUACAUAAUAUUUAUGUGUUGUUGAUAUAUAGGUGCAAGAGUAGAAUCAAAGAGUUAGAAGCUUCAUUAAGAUGGAUGGUAGAUGUGGAUGUUCAAGUCAACCAAUGGCUAGAUAUCAAAAAACUCGUGGCUAAGAUGUCUGAAAUGAACACAAAACUCGACAAGAUCACGUGCCAACCAACUGAUGGUAGUUGUUUCAAGAGCAAUGAUAGCACAUCAACAGUGUUUUCACAAAGUAGUAGUAGUCUCGAAGCAACAGACGGAUCUUUAGAGGAAGAUGAAGAAGAAAGCCCAAGUAAUGGAUCCGAACCAAGGAUCGAUAUCCACCUGCGAUGGAGUUCAAGAAAAGGAAGAAAAGAUCGUGAGAUCCGAUUCAUGGCCAAGUGAUUGCUUAAGCAACAAGUAAAAUGACUGCUCAGUUGUGAAAUAUGAUGAUUAUCUUUUUUUUUUGUGGUUGUGUGGUAUGGAAAUGGAAUCAUGUACACAAAUAAAAAUGUAGUUUACCAAAAAGAAUGUGUAGAAAUGUAGAAUUCCUUUUUUUCUCAAAUCUAAAUGUCAAGUACAAAAUACCAAUAUAAAGAAUUUUACAAAUGAAGGAUGUGAGCAGAAUCUUAUAUAUACAAUACACAUAUAUAUGUAUGUGAAUCAAAAAAUACAAGAUGUGAAAGGAGAUAAGAAAAAACUCCAAUGUGGUGUCUGAACAGUACGGACAAACUCUAUCUCUCAAAGAGCAUAAUCUAUUUCUCCGUUACUAUCAACAUCAAUCUCAGAUUCAGCAAGAAACCAUAAAGGCUACGAACAACUUUAAAACAAAGGUAUUCUUGCCCUAAAACCUAACAACAAAAUUCUGUAGUGGAGAGGAAACACCAACACAUUUUAAAGUCGCUAGGGCUCUCAUGUUUCAUUCUCAUAUACCUUUAGUCUUGAUCUGAUCUUGAAACUAAUAGCAUUUCUACUUCUCGAUAUGUCAUAUUUCAUGAAACAAUAUUUUAUUUUGCUGGUUCCUCUCUUAAUGAUACAUCAAAAGUUUUAUUUCCUAGACUUGCAUGCCCUGAUGACAGUGUACCUUAUGUACCAUCAUUUUCCGGUGAAUUCUUCGGCCCCUGCCCCUUCACCAUCUGAUGUAGGCUUGCCUUCUGCAACUACAUCUCGUUUACAGAAAAGACCAUAUCUGUGCAAUUCUGUUAAUUCUCUUUAUCCUUUAUCUGAUUUUCUUUCCUAUGAUAAACUCUCUUCUUCUUAUUUUCUUUUAUCAACAACUUCUAUCUGUAUGACCACACCUUCUACUUUCAAUGAGGCGAAGAAGUCUAAAGAAUGAUGUAAAGCUGUGGAUGACGAGUUUGAGUCUUUACCUUGAUACUUGGUCAAUUUGUUCUCUCUCUGACGGCAAGAAGACCAUUGGAAGCAGAUGGCUUUUAAACUCAAACUGAAUGCAGAUGGAUCAGUUGAGUGUCCUAAAGGUCGUUUAGUGGCCAAAGGGUACACACAGCAAGAAGGAGUAGAUUUUGUUGAUACCUUCUCUUCGGUUGCCAACAUGGUAACUAUCAAAAUGCUGCUUGCCCUUGUUGCUAAGAAGAAAUGGUUUCUUCAUCAGUUAGACAUUUCUAACGCCUUUGUAAUGGCGAUCUGUCUAAAUAGAUAUAUCCUCCGGGUUAUGCAGAAAUAAAGGGGGCUAAUCUUCCACAUAACACAGUCUUAGAACUCAAAAAGUCUGUCUACGGGUUUAAGCAAGCAUCCAUACAGUGGUUCUUAAAAUUUUCUUCAACUCUUCUACGUAUGGGUUUUGAAAAUAUCAACGGUGAUCAUACUCUAUUAUGGUCUCAUUCAGCUGAUAAGUUUCUCAUGGUUCUGGUAUACGUAGACGACAUUCUCAUUGCCAACAAUUCAGAAACUUAUGUUUCUUCAUUUAUCACUCAACGUUCUUCUUGUUUCAAGCUCCGAGAUAUUGGACACCAAGAUACCUUGGA